AUGGGUGAGGACGCUGCCAAAGAGCCCGUGGUCGAGGAGGCGAGCGGCAAGGCGGAGUCCAAAACCGAGGCCAAGAAGGAGUUUGUUCCCGGCGUGGGCUUCACUACCGCUGAGGCCGAGGCGCUCCUGCUGGAAUGGGGCCGCAACGAGCUGGAGGAGAAGACGACGCCGAAGUGGCUCAUCUUCCUCAAGAUGCUCAUCCAGCCUAUGCCCAUCAUGAUCUGGAUCGCCAUCAUUAUCAUGCUCGCCCUGGAGCACUGGAUCGACUUCGCCAUCCUGAUGGCCAUCCAGUUCAUCAACGCCUUCCUCGGAUGGUAUGAGACCGUGAAGGCCGCGGACGCCGUGGCGGCCCUCAAGGCGUCCCUCAAGCCCACCGCGACCUGCAAGCGCGAUGGCAAGUGGCAGAACAUGGACGCGGCCCUGCUGGUGCCCGGCGACCUGGUGCUACUGGCCUCGGGCAGCAGCAUCCCUGCGGACUGCCUGGUCAACCACGGCCGUAUCGAGGUCGACCAGUCUGCCCUGACCGGCGAGUCGCUGCCCGUGACCAUGUACCAGGGGGACAGCGCCAAGAUGGGCUCCACCGUCACGCGCGGCGAGGUUGAGGCCACCGUCGAGUUCACCGGCAAGCACACCUUCUUCGGCAAGACGGCGACCAUGCUCCAGCAGGCCGAUGGCAUGGGCCACCUCCAGAAGAUUCUGAUGCAGAUCACUCUGGCCCUGGUCGUGCUGUCCCUCAUCCUGUGCUUCACGGCGCUCGGCUACCUCAUCGGCCACGGCAAGGAGGGCGUCAAGGAGGCGCUGUCCUUCACCGUUGUGCUUCUCGUCGCGUCGAUCCCCAUUGCCAUCGAGAUCGUGUGCACGACCACGCUCGCGCUGGGGUCGCGCCAGCUGUCACAGGAGGGCGCCAUUGUGACGCGCCUGGCGUCGAUUGAGGAGAUGGCGGGCAUGAACAUGCUCUGCUCCGACAAGACCGGCACCCUGACCCUGAACAAGAUGGUGAUCCAGGAGGACUGCCCCAUCUACACGCCCGGUGCGCGGCACCUCCCCGCAGCCUCCCCUCCCCGCGCGCUUGGCCCUGGGCACCGGCGGCCGAGCUGA